AUGAGUCGACCGGAGCAUCAGGCCCCCCCUGAAAUAUACUACAAUGAUACUGAGGCGCAAAAAUACACCGCCAAUACUCGCAAUCAAGAAAUCCAAGCUGAGAUGACGUUACGGGCGAUAGAGCUGCUUGCAUUGCCUGAGCAUCGGCAUCCCGCUCUCAUUAUGGAUAUUGGCUGUGGCUCAGGUCUGUCAGGCGAGAUUUUGACUGAAUCUGGACAUGAAUGGGUCGGCUUUGAUAUUAGUCCGAGUAUGCUGAGCGUCGGCUUGGAGCGAGAUGUCGAGGGUGACAUGAUACUGGCGGACGCAGGACAUGGCUGCAUGUUCCGCCCGGGUAGCUUUGACGGCGCCAUCAGUAUUUCUGUGCUUCAAUGGCUUUGCAAUGCGGAUACAAGCUACAACUCACCAGCAGCUCGGCUCAGCUCCUUUUUCACCACCCUGUAUGCUUCAUUGACUCGCGGCGCUCGUUGUGUGUUUCAAUUUUACCCUGAGAGCGACGACCAAGUCACAUUCAUUAUGUCGCAAGCUACGCGCGCUGGCUUCGGUGGUGGUCUAGUUGUGGACUACCCCAACUCGGUAAAAGCCAAGAAAAUUUACCUGGUUCUCUGGGUCGGUGGUGAAAUGCUCGUGGGUCCAAAUGGCGAAGGGCAGGGUGUCAAGCAAACGCUUCCAGCACCACUCGACUUCGAUGAGUCCGGCUCUACUGUUCUACAUGAAACACGCAAAGCUCAUGACAGGCGCAGAGACCGACACAAGAAAAGCAGGAAGAUCGAAUCCUCCAAGCAAUUUAUCCAGCGCAAAAAAGAUAUCAAUCGCUCGCGUGGAAAGCUGGAUGUGCCGCAUGACUCCAAAUAUACAGGCCGACGUCGACGCCACAAGUAG